AAGAUUGCCAAUUUGUAAAAGUGAUCAUGAACAUAAACAACGGCUAGCACAUACAUGAUGAUCAUGCACAAAAUGUACACACGGAAAAGAAAAUAAACGUUUAGAUUUCUUCAUAAAAUAAUAGCGAGUCUCAUCUUAACUUUACGAUGUCGGCACCGAACGUUACUAAGUCGAAUUUGAAUUUUACCGAGUUACCAUUUAACGUUAGUGAUUCAAACAUGAGCGUAACGGAGUCGCUGUUGUACGAUGACGAAGCACAAGAAUUUGACAACGAAGAAAAAACGUGGAUGUUCGGGGCACCGUUGCUUCUUGUGUUUGGAACAAUUAGUAACAUUCUCAUCAUCAUCGUAUUAAUGAGGAAGAAAUUCCGUAAAUCUUCGUGGGGACUGUACUUGACGACUUUAGCCGUUUGCGACACUCUCCUGCUGUAUAUGUUCAGCUUGGACUCUUGGCUUCAAAUCGUCUUCAAGGUUUGGAUAUCGGAUGAAACAGUCGCCGGGUGCAAGGUGUAUCGAUUCGUCAGCUACUUUCUUGUCCACUUUGUCGCCUGGAUUCUCGUAGCGGUCAGCUGUGAGCGUAUUGUAUUCAUCUACUUCCCCAUGAAGGCUAAGAUUGUCUGUCGAAGGCGAACUGCUUGUAUUGUUUUGGGAAGCAUUGCAUUUAUCCUCACUGGAGUGAACGCUCAUAUCUUCUGGACGUUCUCGCUCACAGAAUAUGAUGGCUUUUAUUAUUGCGACCUCGUGGAUAAUAUCGCUGAGUUGAUGGGUCCUCAGUUUGUGAUUAUAUUCUUAUGGCUUGACCUCAGUAUUGCGUCUCUUGUGCCCUUUAUCUUGAUGAUUACCUGCAAUAUUACAAUUAUUGCGCGGUUAAUCCAGUCUGAUCGCCAACGACGUGCAGCGACAUCUGAUGGCGCCCAGAAAAGUAGCACGACAUCUAUCGCUAUCAUGUUAGUCUCUACCGCCACGAUGUUUUUAAUACUGACCCUCCCUGUAGCUAUCUGCAUGGUGUUAUCACUCAAUGAUGAAUUCACCUCUACUGGCAACAACAUGGACAAUCUGUAUUUUGCCAAAAGAAUUGCAGAGUUCGUACAACAGAUCAACAGUGUGUUGAAUUUUUGGCUGUAUUGCCUGACUGGAAAAGCCUUUAGGACAGAACUGAAGGCGAUGCUUUGCUGUGGAAGAUUUAGUCGCACACCAGGGGUCUCUAACGCUUACGUCACGCGCUCCACUUCUGCAACCACUCAAGUUGAACACAAACCUAAAGACGUGAAAACGAAUGGUCAAGACAAUACCGUUAAAAAAGCACAAGACGAUACCAAACUCUGAUUUAUUACUCUGUAUUCAAGACGCUCGAAAAUAUAUAUUAUUUUGUUGUGUAAAUGUGUAAUUCACAAGCUUAUCAUCUAGUCUAGAUCUGUUAUCAAGAUGGCCUUUGAAUGAUUUUCUUUUUAAAAUAUUGUAAAUUCAUUACAUAUAUCUCAAUAGAAUGCUAAAGCAUCAAUAAAUG